UCUGGAGGCUGCGGCGCGGCCAGCGGCAGGAGGCGGCGGUAGCUGUUGCCAGAACCCCGACACCCGGACUUGUGGGGCACCGAGGGGCACCGGGAGCGGAGCGGCCGUGGGGAGCAGCGCGGUGUGCGGCCCCUUUGUGGACAGCGCCUUCCCAGCCGGUCAGGAGGGGCGGCGGAGGUGGCCGGCGCCGGGAGGGUGGAUCGCCCGCGUCCGGAGAGGAAGCGCUCACCUGCGUUGGGGACUGCACGGCCGGAGGGCGCCGCGCUCUCGCUCGGGCACGAUGGGCUGCACGCUGAGCGCCGAGGACAAGGCGGCGGUGGAGCGCAGUAAGAUGAUCGACCGCAAUCUGCGCGAGGACGGCGAGAAGGCGGCGCGCGAGGUCAAGCUGCUGCUGCUCGGUGCUGGUGAAUCUGGGAAAAGUACAAUUGUGAAGCAGAUGAAAAUUAUCCACGAAGCCGGUUAUUCGGAAGAGGAGUGUAAACAGUACAGAGCGGUGGUCUACAGUAAUACCAUCCAGUCAAUUAUCGCCAUCAUCAGGGCCAUGGGGAGGCUGAAGAUAGACUUCGGUGACUCAGCUCGGGCGGAUGAUGCUCGCCAACUCUUUGUGCUUGCCGGUGCUGCCGAAGAAGGUUUUAUGACUGCAGAGCUUGCUGGAGUUAUAAAGAGAUUGUGGAAAGACAGUGGUGUACAAGCCUGUUUCAACAGAUCCCGAGAGUACCAGCUUAAUGAUUCUGCAGCAUACUAUUUGAAUGACUUGGACAGAAUAGCACAACCAAACUAUAUCCCAACCCAACAAGAUGUUCUCAGAACUAGAGUGAAAACUACAGGAAUUGUUGAAACACAUUUUACUUUCAAAGAUCUUCAUUUUAAAAUGUUUGAUGUGGGAGGACAGAGAUCUGAGCGGAAAAAAUGGAUUCAUUGCUUCGAAGGAGUGACUGCCAUCAUCUUCUGUGUGGCCCUGAGUGACUAUGACCUGGUUCUGGCUGAAGAUGAAGAAAUGAAUCGAAUGCAUGAAAGCAUGAAGUUGUUUGACAGCAUAUGUAACAACAAAUGGUUUACAGACACAUCUAUUAUACUUUUUCUAAACAAGAAGGAUCUCUUCGAAGAAAAAAUCAAAAAGAGCCCUCUCACCAUAUGCUACCCGGAAUAUGCAGGCUCAAACACGUAUGAAGAGGCAGCCGCAUAUAUUCAGUGUCAGUUUGAAGACCUCAAUAAAAGAAAGGACACAAAGGAAAUAUACACCCACUUCACUUGUGCCACAGAUACGAAGAAUGUGCAGUUCGUUUUUGAUGCCGUAACAGAUGUCAUCAUAAAAAAUAAUCUAAAAGAUUGUGGUCUCUUCUGAGUUUUGCAGUUACUGGUAAAAUGCAUUUUGAAACCAAAUGAGUACUUAUAUGUGGAUCUCUCUAGGCUAGAGUCUUGCAGCAACACAGAAUGUAGUAUAUGGCAGACACAACUGGGACCUGACCAAAGUUGUUUUGUUUUUUUAACUGAAAGUAACAGAAGGACUUUCCUUAAAUGUGAAAGGUGGUCCUGGUGUGACCUAAGGGCCGUGUUAACACUGGGCUCUAGUGUACGGAUGAUUUCUGCGUAAGUGUAAAUAUGCAAACCUAUGUACACAUGGACUAAUUACUUUACUUUUUCACGUUACUUUUAGGUUUUAAGAGUGGCAACUUAGAAUUCUAGUGCGAUGGCUUUGGAAUGACAGAAAUAUUAAGUACUUUGUACUGAAUGACAGACUAUUACUAUGUUUGCCAGUUUUAACAGCUUUAUGUUCGUGUCCUAUAAAUUUUUAAGUACAGUAAUUAAUAUUAGGAAAUGGUGCACCCCUUAUCUUGGUUAUAUGUAUACUUGUAAUCAUAAAAAUGUUAUUUGUACAAACAUUGCACAGACUAUUUUAAUAACAUGAUUUGUUCUUUAAAUUUAAUGUGUUUUAUUGAAAUGUUCUUAAAGAGGAUAAAUAUAUCUGGCUUUGGAUCAGUUAUUUAAACAUUAUAUGCAUUUUGAUUUUUCUUUUGCGAGUGCAUGCUGAUCUGAUUCUACAUUAGAUUUGGUUUGAAAACCUAAAAUUUCAGAUUUUAGAGGAUAUACUAUCUUAGACUUAUUAUAAACACUUAAUUUUUAUUCAGUUGGUUUGUUUUCACUUUGAAUUUUAAUAUUUGGAUGGUAUUCAUGCAUUGCCUUAAAGGUGAUGCCAGAUUAAUUUUUAUACACUUUAAAUAACUACGUUUUUAUUUAUAACUAAGUUUAGGUGGACUUGAGAGCAUUUUUGUGGGUAAAAUAAGUCAGCAUAAUGAAUUUGGAGACAUUUAUUUGUGUAUUUCCUUUGGGAAAUCCUUGUACUGAGCAUACACGAUAGCUCCAUGUUUGGAAGAUAACAAGAAAGAUCUUUGAAUAGUCUGCUGCUGAUAUGAUACAAGUUUUAAAUUCAUAUAUGUAACUAGUUUCAAAUUUAAUUAUCACCCUGUGUUAAAAUUACUUUUUUCCCUUAGAUUUUUCAAAUUUCCUACAUUUGCUUGAGUUUAUAUUAUUUCUUUUUAAAUUGUGCUAUUAUCUGAGAAUGAAAUCGGCAAUUACACUUAGGAAAUGAGUAAUAGUACUUGAUAAAGUCAGUGAUUGUAUGUAUGCUCACGUAAGUGUUACAUAUUGGCUAGAUAGUGAACUUUGAUACAGUCAUUUUUCUUUUGAUUAUUCAUAAUGUAUCCCCUGUGACCUUGUUUCAGCAAAAUGAACAGCAUUCCCUACCCUACUUCUCUUUUUUAUACUCAUCUUGAAAAAGUCUUUGAGUAAGCUUUGUGGGUAAGUAGUUUCUGAGUUUAGUCCUGUGCUGUCGUUCUGAAAUAUAUUUGUUGACGUGUGUGUAUGUGUCUCUGGGUAACCACAAACCACGUUUAUAUUUGUUUCAUUUUGUGGAUUUUUCUUCUUUGUAAUGUAAAGAAAUUCAAAGUUAUUAAAAUUGCUUAAAUGUGUUAGUUUAGAUUCUUUAUGUGCCUUUCAUGAAAGAUAUGUUUUCAUAAUUUUACCGAUGGAAGACCUGUAAUAUCCAUAUUGUGAAAGCUAUGUGUGAAAUUCAACUGUACUAUGAAUAAAUUUGAAUCAUGAGAAAUACAGUUUAAAAAGCCACAAAGAAGCACAUAUUGGUGACCAUUGAUGAAUUCCUGAACUUUAUUCUGUGUAAUUGUGUUACUAAUAAAUCCUAAUAAAUUUAAAUUUUUAAAAUUUUACAAA